CGAACCAGUAGACAGCAAAAGACGGAAAAGCUUGCGAUCGUUUUACUCCACCGCCCUAGUCGUUGUCGUCGUCGAAGUGAAGUGAAGUCAGUUCAGUUCCAUUUUAAACCGUGUCGCAGCCGCUUCAUUCAGUUGCCGUAAAUCUGUGCAAAAUAGGGAGCAAAAAAGUGUAACAGUGUCCGAGUUCAUCAUCCGUGCGUGUGCUGGUGAAUUAAUUUCCGUACGUUUUAAUCAAAUCAUCGACUGCUGAAAAGAGAGAUCGAAGGAAAAGUGAAUUCAGUGAGUGAAAAGGAGAAGGAGAAAAGCGCCGAAAGAAUUUCGAAUGUUCGUCGUCGUCGUCGAUGGUAGUUUAGUAAUACCAACAAUAAAUAGCUAGUCCUUCGUUUGAUGGUGCAGGUGUUUGUGUGACGACAAGUGAUAAACAAACGCCAAAGGAGAGGAGCAGCAAGAAGAAAGGCCAUACGAUUACUUUUUCACCGAGAAAGGUGUCCGGUUGUUCCUACCAAUCUCGCCAGAUUGCAUACUCGGAUAGGUGAAUAAGAGUUCAGCGGUGCAACUUGAUGUUCCCGUUCGCAGUGGGUGCUAAUGUUUGAGUGAAUUGUUCGCUUGGUCGGAGGGAGAACGGUAAUCCUGGACGGCAAAGCUGUGAUCUGUUGUGCACUGUGGGAAGAGCGAGCAAUCCCGGAAAAGGCGGUGUGUCGAUCGCCUCGUCUUCACCGCUCAUCAGUCAUUAUUACCAUCGUUAGUGUAGAGUGUAACUGUGUGGGGUUCUCUGUAGAUUCAAAGUUCUUAUCAUCUGGUGUAUUGGUGGAUUACUUCGACCGGAAUACAAUCGAACUCUCAAUGGAAGAGUGGUGCCUGAAAACAGGAGCUCAGUUAGGAUACUAAUUAAAAUAUCCUCGACGCUCGGUCGAGGUCCGACCGACUAAUUUCCACCCAGUAGCCGCAAUUCUGCCAUGCCGGGUAGCCGUUCCAGUAAUAACGAUACCGAGCACAACAAGUCCCCUAGAGAGAGCGGCGAGGAUUCAGAGGAUGAAAGUGAAAUUCUAGAGGAAAGUCCGUGCGGAAGAUGGCUGAAACGAAAAGAAGAGGUCGAACAACGCGAUGUCCCUGGCAUCGACUGUGCACAUCUGGCGAUGGACACCGAGGAAGGUGUCGAAGUUGUCUGGAACGAAGUACAGUUUUCCGAGAGGAAGAAUUUCAAAUCUCAAGAAGAAAAAAUACAAUUAGUAUUCGAAAACCUAACUCAGUUAGAGCAUCCAAAUAUAGUCAAAUUUCAUCGUUAUUGGACGGAUACGCAUAACGAUAAACCUAGGGUAAUAUUUAUAACGGAAUAUAUGUCCUCUGGUUCCCUGAAACAGUUUCUCAAACGUACCAAGAAAAACGUUAAGAAACUACCACUGCAAGCAUGGAAGCGGUGGUGUACUCAAAUUUUAUCAGCACUUAGUUAUUUGCAUUCCUGUUCGCCGCCAGUAAUUCACGGCAACUUAACCUGUGAUACAAUAUUUAUUCAACAUAAUGGUCUAGUUAAAAUUGGUAGUGUAGCUCCAGAUGCCAUUCAUCAUCAUGUAAAAACGUGUAGGGAAAAUAUGAAAAAUAUGCAUUUUUUAGCACCAGAGUAUGGAUCAGCCGCAUCGACGACCGCCAUCGAUAUCUACUCGUUUGGCAUUUGCGCGCUGGAGAUGGCGGCACUGGAAAUCCAAGGGAACGGAGAUUCGGGUACGCUAGUCACAGAAGAGCAAAUCAAACGCACUGUCGAGAGUCUUGAAGAUGCCCAGCAGAAAGACUUCAUCAUCAAGUGCCUCAGUCAUGACCCUGCCAAAAGGCCUACCGCUAGGGAAUUACUAUUUCACACGCUACUAUUCGAGGUGCAUCCGCUGAAGCUGCUAGCCGCCCACUGUCUGGUGAACACCUCAUCGAACUACGACGAAAUGUUGCAGAAGCUGAACAAAUCGGACAUCGUGUACGCCGAAGUACGGGCGGUCGAGUUUCACCUGGGCGAUGUCCCCGGAACGGAAAAGCUGGAGAAGUUCGUAGAAGAUGUGAAAUAUGGCAUUUAUCCACUGACUGCCUUUUCGGCACAAAAACCACCCGCUUCCCGACCACGAGCAAUAUCGCCCGAGACUGCAGAAUCGGUAAAAUCCGCCACGCCAGAGCCGUUAGAUAUUGAAACUAGGAGAGUUGUGAAUAUGAUAUGUAGUGUUAAGCCGCGAGAAGAAAAUUGUGAAUUAUUUAUGACAAUACUAUUAAGGAUGGAAGAUAAGAUGAAUCGACAGUUAACAUGUCCCAUCUCGCCGGACGAUUCAGCCGUCGCGCUUUCGCAUGAACUAGUACAUUUAGGAUUUAUUCAUGAAACGGAUCGUGAAAAGCUAGCAACAAUGAUCGAGGACACACUUAGGAAUAAACAACAGCAACUGCUGGGUGCGGCGGCAAAAAUGCAAUCGGCGGCAGCCCAAGCCGGUGAGAGGCUAGUAGCCUCCGACGGUAGUGGCAUAUCCGGGUCGGACACGAUGGCGUCCAACAGCAAUCAUCUUCACCAUCAUGUUCCUGUAAAUUCGGCCAUUGUGUUCUAAUUGACUCCGGCUCAGCCACCUGCAAUAGCUAGUAGUACUGCCAGCACAUCCCAAAUGCUAAUACUAUCUAGAGCGCCCUGAUCGGCACAUUUGCUCAUGCUGCAACGGCCCGCUGCGCACGUAAAACCAGUGAUCGAGAACAUGCUAUCAGCACACAGUUUGGAUGGUAUCGCAUAUUAAUCUAUGCUUACCAUAUGCAAAUUCCCGAGUGUGAAAUAAUGCUAACACGUUGCUGUCGCUUGGUGGCGCGCCCCGUACGUCGACCAAGUAGCUAUGAUUUUUAUUGAAAUGAAGAAUAAAUAUUAUCGAGCCACACGAAACGAUUCCCAGAGAUUCACUGCGACCAAUAAUUGUGUGAGAAUAAGUAAAAGUAUCUAUUGGCAUUGACUAUGCAUAUCAGAACAGAGAAAAGUUGUAAAAAAGGCAUAUUUUCAAUAUAAUGAAAUACAGCAAAUGCGGCGAGAAAAGCGAUAGACGAAAAGAAAGACAUGCAGAAGAAAUAUACACGAUUAUAUUUAUAUUUUUUAAA